CGCAGAGCCGGUGACCUGUAACCUGCAGUCCGACUACAAGGGCUGGAGACGACCCCACCCCCCUCUCUUAAGAGACGACGUGCUACACAGAGCAGAUAGAUACUAUACAGAUUGUAUGACUAGUGACGAGGAAGAGAAAUAGUGUAGAGAGAGUUGGAGCAGGAUGAGAGUUGCGGUGGUGGGCGCCGGCGUAAGCGGACUGGCGGCGGCGCACGAGCUGGCGAGGAGCGGCGGCGCACGGGUGACCGUGUACGAGAAGGAGGACUAUCUCGGCGGGCAUGCCAGGACCGUGGCCGUUGAGGACGCCGGCGGCGGCACCGGCGUCCACCUCGACCUCGGCUUCAUGGUAUUCAACCGGGUAACAUACCCAAACAUGAUGGAAUGGUUUGAAGGGCUCGGGGUGGAGAUGGAGACAUCCGACAUGUCCUUCUCUGUGAGCACGCAGGUGGGUGCCCGCGGCAGCAGAUGCGAGUGGGGCAGCCGCAAUGGCAUCUCAGGCCUCUUGGCGCAGAAAAGCAAUGCACUCAGCCCCAGUUUCUGGCUCAUGAUCUGUGAGAUACUCAAGUUCAAGAACGAUGCUCUCAAAUACUUGGAGGACCAUGAAAACAACCCCGAUAUGAGCCGGAAUGAGACUCUGGGGGAAUUCAUUCAGUCACGUGGAUAUUCCCAGCUCUUCCAAGAUGCUUACCUUAUCCCGAUCUGUGCGUGUAUAUGGUCAUGUCCAUCACAAGGAGUGUUGGGCUUCUCUGCUUUCAUUGUGCUAUCAUUCUGCCGUAACCACCACCUUCUUCAGCUGUUCGGUCGCCCCCAGUGGCUCACUGUCAGGGGUCGUUCGCAUUCCUACGUGAACAAGGUAAGAGAGGAAUUGGAGAGCAUGGGUUGUCAAAUUAAAACCAGCUGCGAAAUCAAAUCUGUUUCAAGUUUUGACGGAGCAGGUUACAGAGUCGUAGCGUUUGAUGGUUCAGAGGAGACGUACGACAGAGUCAUAUUUGGUGUCCAUGCACCUGAUGCUCUAAAGCUGCUAGGAGCUGAAGCAACACACGAGGAGUUGAGAAUUCUAGGUGCUUUUCAGUAUGUGUACAGUGAUAUAUACCUCCAUGGCGAUAAAAGUCUGAUGCCGCGGAGUUCGUCGGCAUGGAGCGCCUGGAACUUCAUGGGGACAACAAGCAGUGGUGUGUGUGUAACCUACUGGCUAAAUUUGCUUCAGAACAUAGAAUCUACGGGCAGGCCUUUUCUGGUGACACUGAACCCUCCUCAUGUCCCGGACAAGUUCUUGCUCAAAUGGUACACUAGCCACCCUGUCCCAUCUGUGGCUGCCGAAAAGGCUUCUCUUGAGCUUCACCACAUCCAGGGAAACAGAGGAAUUUGGUUCUGUGGGGCAUACCAAGGUUAUGGUUUCCAUGAAGAUGGACUGAAGGCUGGGAAAGCUGCAGCUCAAAGUUUGCUUGGGAAGAAGACUGGCCUUCUGGUGAACCCAAAGCAAAUGGUCCCAUCGUGGACCGAAGCUGGGGCACGUCUUCUGGUGGCAAGAUUUCUCAACCGAUACGUAUCCGUCGGUAACUUGGUUUUGCUUGAAGAAGGAGGCACUAUGUUCAGUUUCGGUGAAGCAGGCAAAAAUUGCCUGCACAAAUCUGUCCUGCGAGUUCAUGACCCCCUGUUUUACUGGAAGGUCGCAACCGAAGCAGACCUUGGUUUGGCAGACGCCUAUAUUAACGGUUAUUUCUCUUUUAUUGAUAAGAGAGAAGGUCUUCUGAAUCUUUUCCUGAUUCUCAUUGCAAACAGGGAUUCGUACAAGAAUAUUAACACUGCUGCUAGUAAAAGGGGUUGGUGGACACCAUUACUUUUAACAGCUGGGGUCGCAUCAGCUAAAUAUUUCCUGCGCCACAUUUCAAGGAGGAAUUCUGUCACACAAACACGUCAAAACAUCUCUCAACACUAUGAUCUGAGUAAUGAAUUCUUCUCGCUUUUCCUGGAUCCAUCAAUGACUUACUCUUGUGCCAUCUUCAAGACGGAGGAUGAAAGCUUAGAGGCAGCCCAGUUACGUAAAGUCUGCCUUCUAAUCGACAAGGCUAAAGUGGAGCGGGAGCAUCAUGUUCUUGAGAUUGGUAGCGGCUGGGGCAGCUUAGCAAUGCAAUUGGUGAAGCAAACUGGCUGCAAAUACACUGGGAUCACGUUGUCUGUGGAGCAACUGAAAUAUGCGCAGAGAAAAGUGAAAGAAGCUGGCUUAGAGGACAACAUAAGUUUCAUGCUGUGUGACUACCGUCAGAUACCAUCUUGCCGUAAAUAUGACAGGAUCAUAUCUUGCGAGAUGAUCGAAGGUGUUGGGCACGAAUACAUGGACGAUUUCUUUGGCUGUUGCGAGUCCCUUUUGGCUCAAGAUGGCCUAUUUGUUCUGCAGUUCAUCUCCAUCCCAGAAGAACGGUACGACGAGUACAGGAGGAGCUCGGACUUCAUAAAAGAAUACAUCUUUCCCGGGGGCUGCCUCCUUUCGUUGGCCCGGAUAACGUCUGCCAUGUCCGCCGCAUCAAGGCUCUGCAUCGAGCACCUUGAGAAUAUUGGGUACCAUUACUACCCGACGCUGAUACGCUGGAGGGACAACUUCAUGGCCAACAAGGAUGAAAUUUUGGCCACGGGGUUUGAUGACAAAUUCAUCCGUAUCUGGGAGUACUACUUCGUAUACUGCGCCGCUGGUUUUAAAUCGCGGACACUUGGAAAUUACCAGAUUGUGUUUUCUCGGCCUGGCAACGACAAGCUGGGCGACAACCCUUACGCAGGCUUUCCGGCAGCUAAUCAAGCUGGCUAAUCUAGCAUCUGUCUGCUAGCUGGUUCUUGAUUAUAUAUUAAUUCGUCAUUCGAUCCAUUCAGCUAGAGCUAGCAGUACUGCAAAUCAUUAUCCAUUCUACUGUAUUGAUUCGCACAUGUGAAUUCAAGGACAUGUGAACGUUUUAUGAUAUGGAAUCCAUUCAUUUA